GUUUCAGCGGGUGCACACUGUCCAGCAACGCUUGUUGUUUGAUAUAGCCGAGUGUUUUAAAUACAAUUUAGUUACAUUAUUUGUACUACCGUUUGAAAGUACUUUAGGCGUACUCUAGCCAUUAUUUAUAGGGAAGGUUGUUAAGCCCAAUGUACAGCAAAAAGGUGAGUUGACGCCUCGAAGUUCGCAUUAGCCGAUAUUAGUUAGCUAGCUAGCUAGGUGGGUACUGUUUGCUCGGUAAAGCAACAAAUAGUUGCAAAACAUAUAUAGAGCAGUGGUUUGACUAUAGUUAACAAUCUUAGCAUUCGCUUUAUAUGUGUACUAUAGUCACAUAAGUUGCCUUCUAUUCGCGUUCAACAUGGACAACCACGAACAGUGCUCUCCCUCUGAAGGAUGCGUCGACCGGUCUACGCUGGUGUCAGAGGAUGGAAAGAAUAUCAAGUCAGUUUUGUGCCAACGUUGUGGAUCGAAGGUCCUCUGCCCAGGGAUGGCGGUGUUUGCAGAGAAGGAGGUAAGGUUCACCUCAGACAGGAGUAACCCCUAAAGACAAAUUACCUAAAAUGACUAGUUAUAGCAUAAAUAAGUAUUUUCCUAUCCGAAUGGGCAUUCAUCAUAGUUGCUUUGUUUUCAGCGUAGUGCAAUGUCUAACCACCACCAAAUGCACGAAAUUAUAUUGUGCAUACAAUGUGAAAUUUGCUAUGCCAAGAUGUGACUAAAUGUCAGGGAGUGAAAUCACUUCUGUUUAUCUAUUCAUAUUAAGGCUCAUUGACAUGAUGAAUCUUGUCUUUUAUUUCCUCCCCAAUAUGCUCCAGUUGUUCCUGCCCUCAAUGCGGAAGAAGACCACUAUCACCCAAUCACAGGGAUCCGUGGAUAGGGACAAACUGACUGCCCACUGGUUAGUCGAUGAUAUGUACACCUUUGAGAAUGUGGGCUUCACCAAGGACGUGGGCAGAAUCAAGUACCUAAUUUGUGCAGACUGUGAGAUUGGACCCAUUGGCUGGCACUGCCUGGAUGACAAAAAGAGCUUCUAUGUUGCAUUGGAAAGAGUCAAUCAUGCCUAA